GGUCAGGGCCGGGGGAUGUUACUCCGGCUGGUGGGGGCGGCGGGCAGUCGAGCCCUGGCCUGGCCUUUCUCCAAGCUGUGGCGAUGUGGCGGAUGCGCAGGGAACGGCGGGACGGUCUGGAGCCGCGUGAGGAACUGUGGCUUUGCUCUGCAGGGUCAUCUGGGGGGAUGCUCGCAGCGGCUGGCUCUGCAGGGAAGACUGACUUCAUUUUCCCCGAGGCUGUAUUCAAAACCUCCGAGAGGGUUUGAGAAGUUUUUUAAGAAUAAGAAGAACAGAAAAAGUGCAAGCCCAGGAAAUACAGUACCUCCAAAAAAAGAACCAAAGAAUGCUGGCCCCGGAGGAGAUGGAGGCAACAGAGGAGGGAAGGGAGAUGAUUUUACCUGGUGGAAACGGAUGCAAAAGGGAGAAUUUCCUUGGGACGACAAAGACUUCCGGAGUCUGGCUGUUUUGGGGGCCGGUGUGGCUGCAGGAUUUUUAUAUUUCUAUUUCCGAGAUCCUGGAAAAGAGAUCACCUGGAAACACUUUGUGCAGUAUUACCUGGCCAGAGGUCUGGUGGAUCGGCUGGAGGUUGUGAACAAGCAGUUUGUGCGUGUUAUCCCUGUUCCUGGGACGACAUCUGAGAGGUUCGUGUGGUUUAACAUUGGCAGUGUUGACACCUUUGAACGGAACCUCGAAUCUGCUCAGUGGGAGCUGGGCAUUGAGCCCAGCAACCAGGCUGCGGUGGUCUACACUACUGAGAGCGAUGGCUCUUUUCUUAGAAGUCUUGUGCCCACCCUGGUUCUGGUUAGCAUCCUCCUCUAUGCUAUGAGGAGGGGUCCAAUGGGGACUGGUCGCGGUGGGCGAGGAGGAGGCCUCUUCAGUGUUGGUGAGACAACAGCCAAGAUCUUAAAGAACAACAUCGAUGUACGGUUUGCAGAUGUGGCUGGCUGCGAAGAAGCCAAACUGGAGAUUAUGGAGUUUGUGAAUUUCCUGAAGAACCCAAAGCAAUAUCAGGACUUAGGAGCCAAAAUUCCAAAGGGAGCGAUGCUAACUGGUCCACCUGGUACUGGCAAAACACUUCUUGCAAAAGCAACUGCUGGGGAGGCCAACGUGCCCUUCAUCACCGUGAAUGGGUCGGAGUUCCUGGAAAUGUUUGUUGGUGUUGGGCCAGCACGGGUCCGUGACAUGUUUGCGAUGGCCCGAAAACACGCUCCUUGUAUUUUAUUCAUUGAUGAGAUUGAUGCGAUUGGCAGGAAGCGAGGCCGUGGCCAUCUGGGAGGCCAGAGUGAGCAGGAAAACACUUUAAACCAGAUGCUCGUGGAGAUGGACGGGUUCAACUCUUCCACUAAUGUGGUAGUGUUAGCCGGCACCAAUCGCCCUGAUAUCCUUGACCCAGCCCUGACACGGCCUGGCCGGUUCGACCGUCAGAUCUACAUUGGUCCCCCUGAUAUCAAAGGCAGGUCCUCUAUUUUCAAGGUCCACUUGCGUCCCCUCAAGUUGGACGGGAGCCUCAGCAAGGACGCUCUUUCGAGGAAGCUGGCCGCUCUCACUCCGGGCUUCACUGGUGCUGACAUUUCCAACGUGUGCAAUGAAGCAGCGCUGAUUGCUGCCCGCCACCUCAGCCCUUCUGUCCAGGAGCGGCACUUUGAGCAAGCCAUAGAGAGGGUCAUUGGAGGCCUUGAGAAGAAGACCCAGGUCCUACAACCCAGUGAAAAGACAACUGUAGCCUACCACGAGGCUGGGCAUGCAGUGGUGGGCUGGUUCUUGGAGCAUGCAGACCCUCUGCUGAAGGUAUCCAUUAUUCCUCGGGGCAAGGGGCUUGGCUAUGCCCAGUACCUUCCCCGUGAGCAGUACCUCUACACAAGGGAGCAGCUCUUCGACCGCAUGUGUAUGAUGCUGGGGGGUAGGGUAGCUGAGCAGCUGUUCUUUGGUCAGAUCACCACAGGGGCUCAGGACGACCUGAGGAAGGUCACCCAGAGUGCCUAUGCCCAGAUUGUGCAGUUUGGAAUGAGUGAGAAGCUGGGCCAGGUAUCCUUUGACCUCCCCAGACAAGGUGAAACCAUGGUGGAGAAGCCGUACAGUGAGGCCACUGCCCAGCUCAUUGAUGAAGAGGUCCGGUGCCUCGUCAGGUCUGCCUAUAAUCGGACCCUGGAGCUGCUCACACAGUGCCGGGAGCAGGUGGAGAAGGUUGGCAGGCGUCUCCUGGAGAAAGAAGUGCUGGAGAAAGCCGACAUGAUAGAGCUCUUGGGCCCACGGCCCUUUGCAGAGAAGUCCACCUAUGAGGAAUUUGUAGAGGGCACCGGCAGCCUAGAGGAGGACACAUCCCUUCCUGAGGGGCUGAAAGACUGGAAUCAGGGGCGGGAGGAAGGAGGCACUGAGCGGGGCUUGCAGGAGAGCCCUGCAUAGCCUGUGGCCACCGGUGGUGGCUUGUGAUCACUGGUGACUGGGAGCUGCUCAGCAGAGCAGCUGUCAGAGAACCUGAAAGACUAAUUAAAACAGGUGACAACUGCGAACAGACGUCUCAGAUAAGGCCAUUCAAAAUCCACAGAAAAGCAGCUAGACUCCAGCAUCCAGCCAAGGAGAUAGCUGAGGGAGCACAGGUGUGGCCCGCGACCUGGGUCGGCCAGUUCAGACAGAAGAGGGGUUUUGACUCUGGCUUCUCUGAAGCCCUGAGUGAUGUCUUUUUGGAGGGACUCCAGGUGUGGGGCCAUGAGGAUCUACACUGUUUUCAGAUCAAGUGAGCCUCUUAUAGCUUGCCUCUGAGGUAACUGCUCAUGGGCUGAGCCCUGACUCAGCACAGAUAAAGGUUGGUAAAGAAGAAAACGUAAGCCAGUUAAUGAAGGAAGGCGAAGUCCGUGAGUUGCUCAGUCCUUAGCAGGGAAAGCCAACACACCAGUAGAUGUGCAGGGGAGGACAGGGAAUGUGGCUACCCCCCCAUGGCAGCAUCAGAAAUUCUGUUUGUCAGUCAGACCUGGCAUCUAGCCUUUGGGUCUGUCUGACUGCUUCACUGGUGGAGUGUCAAAUUUAAUUCCGUCUCACAGCAGUCCUUCCUUUCUCCAGCAUCCCCCCCCUCUCUUUUUGACCCACAGAGGAUUGUUUUGGUUGAGCCCCCUGGCUCUGGCGCAUAUAUACCAGCCGUCUUGUUACAGGCCAGCUCUUGGGUAAAGGGAGGGCUUUGGAAGGCCAAGCCUCCAUGGCCUGAAAGAGGCAUCUCUUUCCUGUGGACCCGGGUGUGGCGAGGCCGUGUGGCGAGGCCCGCUCUGAGAGCGGGGUGCUUGGAGUGGAGCUUUGGGUUCCAGGGGUGCUCUUGUGGGCAGGCCUCGGGUGGGGUCACAGAUCUCAGGGCUGCAUCGUCCGCUGCAGUAGCCUGCGUCAGGGCUGCUCGUGGCCCUGGGGAGGAAUCCAUUUGCUCACUUGACUUUUUAAAAGUGUUUGUGUGUGCAUGUGAUAGUAUGUCUUCCUCAGUUGCUUUCUAUCUCUACUGUUUUCCAUUUAUUUCGUUGUGUUUCUAUCUGCACACGCAUGUCCACAAACACACACGCACCAUGGUGCAUAUGCGUAGGGCAGAGGACAACCUCUGGGGUCAUUCUCCCCACUGUGUGGGUUCUUGAGAUCAUCAGGCUUGGCCGGUGCCUCCACCCACUGAACCAUGUUGCCACCCAGUCUACCCUGUUUUUUAGAUGGAGCCUCGUAUUGAAUCUGGCUAUGUUUGCAGGCCAGCAAGCCCCAGGGAUCUUCCUGUCUCUGCCUGCCCAGUGCUGGGAUUGCAGGCUUAUCUUUAUCCCUGUUAUGUGAAUGGCGGGGGCUGUAGUAGAUGCUCAUGCUUUGCGCAGGCACUCUACCGACUCUCCUGCCUUUUAGCUGAUGCCAUAGCUUCCCAGGUGCCUGGCCAGGAGGGUGGAGGCCUGCCCUCUGCCUCCUAAACCUUUGUCCUUCCCUUUGGGGCCCGGCUAAGGACCAGAUUGGGGGGACUGGGUGGACUGGCUGGAUGUAAAGACUAUACUGGGUGUGCAUGGCCUCGCACAGUCUCUAAACUCAU